AUAUCGGUAACUAGAAGUUAGCAAUACGAAAUGGAAAUUGUGGUAUAGAGGUGGCCAUGUACAUUAUGUUGUCACCAUCUAAUCACUACAAUCACAUUUUGGAAUACCAAGUCUAUUUUUGGUAAAUCGGUUCUAAACUAGUCAAAUGAUAAAACGGUAUGAUUCCAUUUUAUAAUUGAAUAUUGUUUCUGUUUUGAAUCAUGAAAACCAAAUACAAGGAUUCGUUAAACCCAGCAGACGCUGCUUAUAAGGAGGAGCUAGACCUUCUUGUUAAAGAGUUGCUGGCAUCUGAGUUGAAUGAUGACAUUGCAAGACCUUUGCUUCUGCAAUUAUCAAUUCACGCCACAAAGGAAAAUGAUAGCAUCACAUCAGUGCCAAAGUCACUACAAUUCCUCAUCCAACAUAGGGAUAAUUUUCACCAAAUAUACGAUGAGUAUAUUAUAAAAUCGGAAAAAGAUUCCUAUUCAGUUUUUUUACUCCUGGAGCUAAUCAGUUUCCUUGAAGCUAUAAGAACCCCUGAAGAUGCAAAGUCAGCAGACAAGCAAAGUAAUGAUCCAAGUGUAAAGUACAAGCUGCUGCUUUAUAAAAUUGAAGCCGGGCUUGUAGCUGAGCGUAUCAUAUCGGAUGCUGACGUAGAUAAAGAGGUCCAAAGUAAACUGAUGAAUAGGCGAAUAAAUGAUUGGGGAAAUGAGUACCUAACUUCCCUGUCUACACAGAUAGUGUCCUAUUUCAAUUUGGAAAGUACCAGGGUUGUAUAUGACAACAUGUCCAAUACAAACGAUCAAAUGGAUAUCGCAGCGGACAAGGAGAUAUCGGUAUUGCGGAAUUAUGACACUGCACUCGUGAUUACAGAGGCAUUGAAAUUUACCGAGGCCAUAACAGACUACUACUUCCAACACGGAUUCGAGUUUGAGGCUAUAGAUAUUCUAUUGGAAGUGGACUUAAUUGAAUCUAUACGUGGGAAAUGUGGUACCGAUUAUGAUUUAAUUACAAGAGUGUCAAAUUACCUCUUGUCAAUAUCGGCCUAUGCAGCCACAUACUACGAAACUAGAAGAAUUCUCGUCGUUGCAUAUGAUAUACUACUAGACGCCGGUCGCUACGCUGAUGCUCUGAGAGUGGCUUUGAAACUAGAUGACGAAGAACGAGUGAAGACACUAAUAUUUACAUGUAAGAACCCAAGUAUUAGAAGGCAGCUGGCGUUUAUCUGCGCUAGUAGUGGAAACCAUCUUAACUACACGUCAAGUGAUGGUACCCAAACAUCUACAUUAUCGGAUGCUGAUAUUAAUGAGGUAAAUAAUAUAUCAUCGGGUGAGCAUUUAAGUGGAUUCUUCCUAACCCUGGCAAGUGAAUUGGAUGUAGUUGAGCCAAAGUUGCCAAAACAUAUAUUCAAAUCAUACCCAGUAUCUAAACUCAAUACGGAGUUUAUGGACUCCAGAAUGUCGAAGUCAUACACCAUGGACUCUGCCUUGGGCAACCUGUCGACAACUAUGGUUAACGCUUUCCUCAAUUGUGGAUUCGGUGCUGAUUUGCUGAUUGACCCACCAGAUUCGGAUUGGGUGUUCCGUCACCACGAUUACGGUAUGCUAUGUAGUGCCGCGUCCGUGGGUAUAAUAAAUUUAUGGAACAUAGAUGAAGGUCUCUCGAAGGCUGAUAAAUACGCUUAUAGUAACAACAACUACGCCAAAGCGGGUUCUUACGCUGCCUAUGGGUUGUCGAGCUGCGGCAUACUGUCUGAAGCUGAUCCUAUUGCAGCCUUGCUUAUGGAUAAAGUUGAAAGCUCCGAUAAGGUUGAAUGUCUAGGUGCGAUCCUCGGUCUAGCAUUCGCAUAUGCAGGCUCGAAUAGAGAAGCAUUGUUGGAGGUCCUGGUUCCAAUCGCCAUAUCAGAUGAAUCGGAGUACCCACUGGCAUGUAUCGCAAUGGCUUCAUUAGCUAUAGGAUUGAUAUUCGUAGGCACUGGAAAACAGGAGGCUUCUGAGGCAUUAAUCCAGAAAUUGCUUGACUUCACUGAUAAUACAAUGGACAUGGCUGCCAAAUGCCAAAUUGCAUGUGGUCUGGCGUUGUUACACCUCGGAAGAAUGGAAGCAACUGAUGUGAUUGUAGAUGCACUGGCUGCGGUAGAAGGUGAUCUUGGUCGAAUCGCAGAAAUGAUGGUUGAGGCAUGUGCUUACGCAGGUUCAGGAGAUGUACUAAGGACCCAAAGGUUCCUAAAGUGCUGUGCGUCAUCUGAAGCUGCUAAGCCUAAAAACACCGGUUCUGAUAACGAGAGUUCCGAUAUGCAAAUUGUACCAAAAAAGGACAAUGUAGAUACGCCAAUGUUUCCUGAUAUGAAUGCGGAGAGUAAUGUACACCAGGGAAAUCAAGAAAUACAUGAAAAGAAGGCUGCUAAAGUAGGAUUCGAAGACAAAGCGGAUGAACAGAACAAAAAUGUCAUUAUUAAUGAUGCCUCUAUUUCAAUAAUAGGAAUAGCAAUGACAGCCAUAGGCGAUCCUGUGGGCACCGCAAUGCUGCUUAGAAUGAUUGAUCAUCCAUUGCAAUUUGGUAGUUUGUGUGAAAGACGUGCUGCGCCACUGGCUUUGGCUAUUGCGUAUGCUUCUAACCCCUGUCCACAGGUCAUCGAUAUUUUGUCCAAGCUAACACAUGAUGCUGAUUACCAGGUCACAAUAAAUGCCAUAUUCGGUAUGGGUAUAGUUGGUGCUGGUACCAAUAACUCAAGGAUAGCAGUGUUGUUGCUUAACCUGGCCAAAACACAUGCCAGAGAUUCGAAGGGUACUUUUAUAAUCCGGAUUGCCGCAGGAUUACUGCAUAUGGGUAAAGGCACCAUGACGAUAUCACCGCUACACUCAGAAGGAUUUUUAAUAAGGAAGCCUGCUUUAGCAGGGCUGUUUAUCGUAAUAGUGGCUGCAUUGGAUAUGAAGAACACCUUUGUAGGAUCAAUGCCUUUUAUUAUGCUAUUUGUAGCUUUGUGCAUCAGGCCAAGGUGGAUGCUCACACUCUCACCUGACCUCGAGCAUAUCCAGGUACCAUGCCGAGUUGGUAACAUGGUAGAAACUACCGGUACCGUUGGAAAACAAAGAAGAAUAUCGGGAUUCCAAACACACCAAACACCGGUACUUGUUGGCUGUAACGAACGCGCUGAAAUUGCCACCGAUGACUACAUACCUUGCACAAAUGUGCUAGAGGGGAUAGUCAUCCUCGAAAAGAAUGAUAACGUAGCAAUGGAGGAAUAGUCUAUAUUCAAA